CACAGUUUUUCCUACAAAACCUGAUCGAUAAGUCUGUGGCCCCCAUGGAAGAACCGCGAAUUACCCUGGCUACCGUUAACGACUUUAAGGAGCUACUUGGAGGAAGCCCAUUCGACAUCCAUGUUAAACAUUCACCUGAUGUGACCUUGAACAGACUGCCUGUGCUCAUAUCCACCAAUCAUAGUCUCGGAGCCUACAUCACUUCCAUCGAUGCGGCAGCUAUAUAUGAGCGGUGUCAUACGUUUCACUUCAAAGUUCGUGUCGGAUCUCCGGAGUUGCCUAAACCACGGAGUACUCUCUGCGCCUGCUAUUUCUCCUCCUGGUAUGGCAAGUGGUGGGAAGCGAAUCCUUGUCGAUUCGACGAAUGAAGAAGAUGGACCCGGAGAGACAGGACCUGCCACCGCGAAACGUAUCCGACUAUUACGACCAAGAUACAACACAACGACGAUCACCAUCACCAGAAAGCAGCACAUUACCAUCAACCAGUACAAGCCUGCAGAUACCUCCAGUACCUACGCCAUUACCUGCCUUCCUCUUUCCACCUUUGAAUUCUGGGCUCUGCAGUCAGAUCAACAAUUCGCUGAACCCUUCGACUCCCUACGACAAGCCUUCCCUUUGUGCUCUUUCAAUCAUGCUACACUACGCUUAUCACAUUACAUACCUCUUCAGAAAUCUCUACAAGGCUCUAACGCUGUUGACGUCACAUCCUUUAACAGCGCUCCCUAUAUGUACAUAGCCGAAGAUGAUACCGGCCUCAUCAACACUAUCCCUACCGCUGUUACUGAACAAGCCCUUCUAAAUCAAGACUGCAAAGUAUACUCUGCCACCUAUUGGAACUUUGCCAGUGACCAAGGCCUCCUUGCGUGCAAUAAUGUACAAACACUGUCAGCAAAUGAAGUAUAUGUCAAGAGGUACGACUUUGACCACAACGGUAAAUUCCUCGUUACCACUCCUACUGCUACUCCACGAGGGUUUGCGUACAUGCCUGGGGACUAUUACAACAACACCAGUCCCUACAAGUACCUUCCCUUUUGGAAAAAGUUGGCUACAACCACCAGUGUUCCUACAGAUCCUGCAACCUUGGUUCCAAACUACGUCGCAUUUAGCCCCUAUGCACAUACUCUCCAGCCCAUCUUCCUCUUCCUUCCCUACAUCGAACCCGUCUCCGCCUCUGAAGAUAUUGUUCGCAUGAUGGGUCACGUCCUCCUCGAAACACAACUCACCAUGACCCUCAUCGCACCUCCUGAUGGCUGGCGAAACCUUGCCAGCACUCUCAAUGUGUGGAUAAACGCAAACUCUUGCCAGCUUGAUACUGACACUUACACAGAUACCACUUUGCUUUUUCCUACUUUUUUCAAUCACCCAUAA